GAGACUGUCGGUCUGGUCGGUUUAGCUCGCAAGAUCGGUGAGCGCGUCAGUUCCAUACGCGAGAACUACGAACGCGCGCGCGCGUAAAGUUGCUUUCAGAAUCACGCGCGUCUUCCGCGUUUUGCCGGAGUUGGCCGGAGAAAAUUGCGGGUUUCGGUGAAGAAUUCUUCGAAAUUGCUUGCAGUGCAUGACCUUUGCAUAAUUUUCGCGAUUUUCGACGAGGCAACUGGCAAGAAGUGCUGCGGUUUGCAAUUGAAUCGAAGUGAAGAAGUGCCCCUAAUUGAGUGCUUAUUGCGUUGAAGGAGGUGUUGGUCAAUACGACGAUCUUGAAAGUGAUUCCAGGCCAGGGCCACCGGUUUUAAUAAUUUAGCGGAUCAGCUGCCGAAGAAGUGCGGUUGGGUCGAAAGCGGUUAACGAUGGGCAAAUUGCAGAAUAAAGUGCUCCUUAAGCUAGGGGUGAUCGUAGUGAUUAGUGCGAUUGCUUGUCAAGCAUACCAGCAGCAGCAUUCCAGUGACAGUGAUUACAGUGAAAACGUUAGUCAGCAUCCCGCAGCAGUGCAUAGGCAUCACAAGCAUCACAACCAGCACCGGCUCAACUCGGUAUCCUUGGGCCACAGAAAUUCCUCUCGUUACUCGAUAAUUAGUGGAGGCAGUGCAGCAGGAAACCAUUAUCCGCAGCAGCCUCAGCAAACCCACAAUUAUCACCACAACUCGGCUGCCGCUGGCAACACUGUUGGACACCACCACCAGCAGCAACCCCAGUGGUACCACAGCAGGACGCCCCGUACCCGGGUCAACGAUAACGGGGCAUUCCGGCCGGGAAGACCCACGGGAGGUUCUGCCCAGGGUCAAGCUGGCAACACUGCCCUGGGGGCGGUGCGACCCGUGAAGCGUAUGCUGAAGCACAACAACCAUCACAAUCACCACCGGAACGUUACGGGCAAGAACGUGUGCACCGAGAAGCGGACCGUCCAUGUGCCCGUCUACCGAAAAUCAACCGUGAAACACUUUGUGCAACCAUGCCCGGACCAAAAGAUGUGCACCGGAGUAAGGACCAACUACGAGCCCACCUACCAACCGAUGAAGCGCGAGGUGUACGUGUGCUGUGCCGGCUGGGAAACCGAAACGACCAUCGCGGACGGAUGUCUGAAACCCACUUGCCGCUCAUCCUGCCGCAACGGUGGCCGCUGCACCGCCCCUGACACGUGCACCUGUCCGGCCGGAUUCACCGGGCCGCAGUGCGCCGAGGACAUCAACGAGUGCAAACGGCACAAACCGUGCGACCAGACGUGCUACAACACCGAAGGAUCGUACUAUUGCACCUGCCGCGAGGGCUUCCAACUUCAGUCGGACCGACAAAGCUGCAAAAGAAUGGACGAAUCGAACGAUGUCGCCAGCGAGGCCCGGGACAUGGAGAACGACGUGGAUUACGAUAGCCUGGACACGCGGUUAACGAAACUGGAAAAGAUAAUUCUCAGCGAAGAUCGCGGCCGAUCGCAAUCGGAGACCCACGAGCUCAGCAAGAAGGUCCAGUACGCGCUGGAUGCGGUUUCGUCGCUUCGAUCGCAAGUCUCCCGGCUGACGCAAAGGCUAUUUCCUGUGGUGGACUACGGGAAUCGAAUCAACUGAUCAGCGUGCUGCCAAUGAAUGAGAGGAUUAUAAUAAUGAUAAUGAUGAUGAGAAUGAGGAUGAGAAUGGACGGUGGAUAGCGAAGCGAUUUUGGAGAGUGUUUUUGGUGCGAGCGCGACUGAGGAUCGUGAAUAACAGUCUCUUUUUUGUGGCUGACUGGAGUAGGAUGUAUUUAUUGUAAUUGUUUUCCAAAAAGCAGUCGUUUUAACUUUGUAAGAUGUCCCAACCGAACCGCUCUUUGCAAUGUUAGAAACCGAGGUCCCACCGUGUGAGGAACUUCCACAAUGCCACCGCCAUCUGCGUUCGAUGCUGCCAACCGAAAAUCAUCGUUUCUUUUAUUAAACUCAAUAAUAACCUAUCAAAGGCAGGGCCGUCAUCAUAAUCAAAGUUUAGUGUUUUGCGUGCGUGUGAAUGUUAUUUUAAAGUGUUUAUUUUUUCUUAAGUCGAAGAAAAAAAAAGAAGAAUCCGUUACUAUAUUUAUUGUCCUUACGAAACUAGAAGCACAGUGAACAGAGAAAGGGGAAAAUCAUGUAAUCAUUUUCAAAAGGAAGAAUAAAUGUAUGAUUUUGUGUCUAUGAAAAUGAGAGAAAGAAACGCGGA